AUGGACAAAGUCCUAAUGGACAAAGUCCUAAUGGACAAAGUCCUAAUGGACAAAGUCCUAACACUCUUGUGGCAUAAAGCGGGUACUUCGAGAGUUGCCGUCCGGGCCAAUGCAAUCGAAAAUGUACUAGAUGUCUUGAGGGAUGCAGAUGACCCGUUUGAAAUAUUCUAUCAGCUCGGCGGGGCCACCGCCCAGAGUAGUAAUGAAACGACCAGCCAUGAAAUGACCAGCCAUGAAAUGACCAGCCAUGAACAGACCAGACGUGGACAGAGCGAUUUGGAGCUGAGCGGGCGGGGUUAUGAGUCCAAUCGCAGAGUUUCGGGGAGCUGGAUUCCUUUUGAAUUGUUGGAGGUGGGCUUAGAAGAGCAGCGACCGUCUCGAGGACAAGACAAUCACCAGAACAAGGAAAAUCAUUAUGCGCAUGGGAGUGUGCCGCUUAAUGGUCAGGAUAAACAUAGAGAACCAGUGACUAUAACAAGAGAGAGUUUGCCGGCCGAUACAAGUUCGCGCGAGUAUCACGAACGCUUGAUGAAUGUAUUGAUGAACGAAUCCAACUCUGAGGAGACGUCGAAUAGUUUCAACCCGCGCCGUUCCCAUCGAGAGUCAAUGGAUAGCGUCCGGACGUCGACCAUGCCGGACAACGAAAUGGAUGUGUUGAACAUGCUGAUUGGGCAGAUGGACGACUCGCGCCACCGACCUCCAGAUGUCCACUCGACUUACAACAAUGACCAUCGCAAUGACCAUCGCAAUGACCAUCGCAAUGACCAUCGCAAUGACCAUCGCAAUGACCAUCGCAAUGACCAUCGCAAUGAAGAACAAGCAACCUCAGGAAGCGACAACGUUGAGAAGGCUGUGACUCGCAUGUUGCACCCGGAGCGCUACAGUUUGGCGGCGGAUUGGAAAUAUUAUGACGAGCCAGGUAGCAGCACCUCCGGGCGACAUGGAGACACGGAGACCGUUGACUUUCCGCUGUUGCCUCCCAUGCUGGGUAAAAGACCCAUAACACCAUUGGGCGAACGAGAUAAACGGAAGACCUCCACCCCACCAGAACCCGUACCGGGAAGGAGCAUUAUCCAGAGACUACGCCCACCUAAACCUUCAGACACGAAACCUUCAGAGAUCCCGCCCACCGCUGCAGCUAACGACGCUCCUACAAUCAACUACCCUCCAGCAACGAAGCUCUUCAGUACUCAAACCAAUGACGAUCAUGCAACCAGUGGUCUGGUAAUAAACGGCAAUGGUCGAACAGCCGAAGGCGUAAUGCACCUGGCCGACAGGGCAGAUAACGACGACAGGGUAGACGUCGGCGACCUGGCCCGGACUCUAGAGAGUAACGAUGUUGUCGCUAACGAUGUUGUCGCUAACGAUGUUGUCGCUAACGAUGUUGUCGCUAACGAUGUUGUCGCUAACGAUGUUGUCGCUAACGAUGUUGUCGCUACUAAAGCAAGUAAUGGGAAGGUGGUGAAAGAGCGGCCGAAGAAAAAAGCAGGUGUACAGCUGAGCAAGAAGACAUCCAAGCUAAGCAGACGAAACCUGAAGACAAAGUCACUGCCUCCGGACUCUCGAGCCAGCGUUGAGUCUCGAACCGGUGUUGAAUCUCGAGCCAGCGUCGAAUCUCGAGCGCCUGAGGGCAGACCGGAGCAGAAGGUUGGAGUGUCGGCUGUGUCUGAAGACGCGAACAAGAGAGACUCUCUACCGCAGUCGGAGGACCGUCGUCCGAUCGCGGAGUUGGGGAUCGAACCGGCGGACGGUAGUGACCAGGUGUACCACCACUCCGACCCUCCCGAAAGUCCCCCCGAUCGGCCAGAGGUAGCGGAGCAGAAGAAAGGAGCUCGAAGGAGAGAGGCGGCAAACGGCAAGGCACCAGCUACCCGUAAGAUAACUGCGGCUGGUAGGGCAACCUUGGCCGGUAAAGAAGCCGUGGCCGGUAAGGCAACGUUGGGGAGUAAGGCAAUCGCGGCGCAUAAGCCAAGCGCGGUGGGCCCAGAGGCGGUUGUGAGCAAGUCCAACGGUAAGAACUUGAAAAGAAAGCCUAGCGAGACUCGAACCGCGGAGUCGCCGAUGGCGGAUAGAACUUUGCAGGUAUUGGUCUCGGAUCCGGAGCCAACUCACCAAGUGCCACGAAAACGAUCGCGUCUGGUGACUCAAGCGAAGGGCCGGGGUGACCAAGCACCGUUUGCCACGACGUCUGAACAGGCAAGUGGAAUCCAGACGGAGGUUUCGGUUCAGUUCCGUGAUAGCCAGAACAGUGGGCAGCCCAUCAUUCAGAAGCCUAGAGAGAAGAGGGGAAGUUCCGAUUUGGCAGGGCCUGAGUUGACGGCGGGCCCGGAGUCGACGGCAGGGGUAGGGGUUGAGCAAGGAGGGGUCGAGACGGUGCAAGCGGAGGUUGAAGAUCCAGGCACCGAACGGACCGGGGUCGAGCCAGCAGGGGUAGGUAGUGCUGGGCAGGUAGUUAAUGGCGACAGUUCUCGAGGGUCGGCUCAGCCGUACAAGGCCUUUGUGAAUCUGAAGGCUUUCGCCGACACGGUGAACGCCGUUCUGAAGCACCAAGUGCCGAACAGUCCCAGUUGGGUCACGCCCCGACCGCUGGACCAGGACCCGGGACGAGAAGCACCAGCCGCCGAAAGCGAGACCGCACAGGAGGUGUUAGCGGACCGGAGGAUAGCGAAGGAUCCGAAGGGUGGUGCUGACGCGGGUGGUACCGAAGUGGACUCAUUCCUGCAUGACAGCCCUCUGCCGGCGGACUGGAACGAACCGCCACAGGCUGUUGAUGAGGAGCCGGUGGCCAUCACGGACGAGCCAGCGGUUACUAUGGACGCGCCAGUGGCUCAUAGGGAACCUACCAAGCCCGUUAGGACGACUAGGUCGGCAGGAAGGAAGAUGGCUCAGACUAAGGCUAAGGUGAAGGCCAAAGCGAAACCCAAGUUGGCGAGUAAGAAGACGCAAGAGGUUAGAUUAGCUAGCAGACAAGGUAAGGUAGCAGCGAGUAGAGCCGAUGGGGCGGACAGUCAAGCACUGGUGCCGGUUGGAAAGGACCUGGCGCUGGUAGGAGAGGCGACAUUGCGUCUGUCCGAGGCCUCGCGGCGGUUGCGUCGGAUAUCGAUCUGCGAGGUGUCCUCAUCUGACGACGAACGUGCCUUCUCGGCGAUGAACAAAGAAGGGAAGAUCGUGCGCUGUCGGACAAAGCGCGUGCGGAUCCCGGUGCUGAAGUGGUGGGCCGGCGAGCGUAUCGAGUACAAGUCAGUAGAUGGCAGCCUGACCAACACCAAAGCCACGGCCGUGUUCAAAGCAGACUUGGUCGAAGAACAGCUUCUCGGCAGAGUCGGAGGUGGCUCCCGCAGACUCGGCAAGCCUCCAGAUCGCGCCCCUCCCGCCCUGACUGACAGAGUCAGGCUAGCUGACAGAGCCAAGAUCCAGGACGAGCAGGGACCGGUCGCAGAUAGAGAGCAGGAGGAUAACCAAUGGAACGUCAGAGAAGACGUGGACCCACGAGACGACCGGCGCCACCGUCGCGGUCCCGCCGCUCGGGAACCUGAAAUGCGCCUGGUCAAGGUGGACGACGACGCCAGACCGGUCAGGCCUGCCGGGCCGGCGGGGACUGGAGGAGUUGAGACGCUAGUCGACUUGGACGACGGGUCGUUAACGAGCGACUCAUCACUUGGCGCCAGCUCAUUGCUGGCGGCGGGCUCUGGAUCUGUGUCUGGCCUAGGACCAGGUCCAGACCUAGGUCCAGACCUAGGACUCGGUACAGUGGUGGGUGCUGUGACCAACCUCGGUCCAACAGAGAAGGCCGGCGGCGUGUUUAAUGGUGUGCGUUAUGAGCGUGCGGUGAGUGUGCCGUCGUUAGACUUCGAGUGGUGGGAUCGUUCGGUGAAGGAUUCGAUUCGGGCGGUUCCGUCUGCGGGUGCUCGGUACAAGUCUGUGGAAUUGGUUCGUCGUUUCGGUAGCAAGCAGGAUUGGCAGGUGAUACGUCAGGGCGACUGUUGUUACCGGAUCUUAAUGUUGCAUAAAACAGUUCGGACACGGUCGAUGGUGAUCCGAUUGGCGGCCAAGGAGUCGCGUGGAAUGGACCUCACUCGUGGGACGGAGCUGCUUUUCUCUGUGGUAAAAGGCGACCAUGUCAAGAUCUACAGCAAGCCCGAUCUUGACCUCAUGAAAAAACUCCAACUCGACUCACCUCCGCAGACCGCCUUCACCUUCCACCUCAGCACCGGUCAACUCGCCCGUAUCCCACAGGUCUUCCUCUUCGAACUAGCCAACGGCUCCGCCCUAACGGACGCCGUCAUAAUGCUUCACAUAAUCGCCGGCAACGACUCCAUCUUUCAACAAUAA